CUUAAUUUAAGUUAAAAUAUUGUGUUUGGUGCAGUACAAAAUUUCAACUCAGUCUAAUUCUAUAAGCAAAAUAAUUUUUUCAAAUCUUAAAAUCAUCAAGCUGGUUUGUGCGGGUUGGACGAGCCAGCAGCCAAUGGCACCCUACCUUGAACCCAAUUCAGGUUUUAUUAGCAAGCCCAACUCUAUGUCAUCCAAUCCAUCCCCAAACCAGUCCUAUUACGGUCGGGCCGGGCCGGGCCGGGUGGAUCAAACUCUCCUCCCCUUGAAUCCGUUUACACUCGGGUUGGGUUUUGUGAACAGAGGAGCAAACUCGUACCAAUUCCUCUCGCCGGGUAGAUCCAAAUGCUCCCCUCUGCAACUCUCUUUCUUCUUCAAAAAAACACCGCCGCCACCGCCACCGCCACCGCCACCGCCCUUCUCCUCAAAACCCUAACCACCACCACCACCACCACCACCAACCAUGGAACCCCCACCAACACAAGCAUCGGCAGCAGCCGAGGCGCAUCAAAAGACGACUACUUCGCAGCAAUCCACCACAUCUCCAACAUCGUCCGCCGCGACAUCUACAUGGAGCGAACCCUAAACAAGAUGCGAAUCUCCUCCUCCACCGUCACCUCCGAGCUCGUCUACCGCGUCCUCCGUAGCUGCUCCCACACCGGCGCCGAGUCCUUCCGCUUCUUCAACUGGGCUCGCUCUCACCACCCUUCCUACGACCCCACCACCCUCGAAUUCGAAGAGCUCCUCCGAACCCUAGCUCGCACUCGCCAUUGGGAAACCAUGUGGAAAGUCGCCGAACAAAUGAAAUCUCACAAUCUCCCUAUCUCCCCUGACCUCAUCUUCUUCAUCAUCGAACACUACGGCAAGCACGGCCUCGUCGAUCAAGCCGUCGAGCUUUUCAACAAAUCGAAAACCUUCAGUUGUCCCCAAAACACUCAGAUAUAUAACUCGCUUCUCUUCGCUCUCUGCGAGGUCAAGAAUUUCCAGGGCGCUUAUGCUUUGAUUCGGAGAAUGAUCCGCAAAGGAGUUGUACCGGACAAGAAAACCUACUCGAUCCUCGUCAAUGGGUGGUGCUCGGCGGGUAAGAUGAAGGAGGCGCAAGAAUUCUUGUCGGAGAUGAGUCGGAAGGGUUUCAAUCCACCAGUUCGCGGCCGCGAUCUUCUCGUCGAUGGAUUGUUAAACGCAGGUUAUCUCGAAGCAGCGAAAGAGAUGGUGAGGAAGAUGACCAAAGAGGGUUUCGUGCCUGACAUCGAAACCUUCAAUUCUCUAUCCGAAGCUCUGUGUAAAUCAGGGGAAAUCGAAUUCUGCAUUGAAAUUUACCAUACUGUGUGUAGAUUAGGGCUUUGUCCCAACACAGACACGUACAAAACCCUAAUAACCGCUGCUUCGAAAGCUGGUCGAGUCGAUGAAGCUCUUGCGAUUCUCCAUAGAUCAAUGGAAGAUGGGCAGAAGCCAUUUCCGAGCUUGUAUGCUCCGAUUCUGAAGGGACUUUGCAGGAGAGGACAAUUCGAUGAUGCGUUUAGCUUUUUCAGUGAUAUGAAAGUGAAAGGGCAUGAACCGAAUCGACCUGUGUAUACAAUGUUGAUCAAGAUGUGUAGUCGAGGAGGGAGAUUUGUAGAGGCAGCGAAUUAUCUGGUGGAGAUGACUGAGAUGAGUUUGUCGCCAUUGUCAAGAACUUUUGAUAUGGUUACUGAUGGGUUGAAGAAUUGUGGGAAGCAUGAAUUGGCUAAGAGGAUUGAGGAAUUGGAAGUCUCUCUCCGGGGUGUUUGAAUGUCACCUGGAAAUUUUUUUUUUAAAUUCCACCCAGUAACAUGUUACAUGAUUCAAAUUUUGAUAUGAUCGGAAUGGAGUUUGUCUAGGUCGUCAUAUUAAAAGGGGCAAUUUUGUUUUACCAAUGAGAAAUCUUCUAAUAGUAAAUGUAUUUUUUUUUUCUUCAAAUUAAUCAUUUAUAAAGUACAUUUUUAUGAGUA